CUUUGGCUCGUCCCGGCAGGCUGCACUUUGCUUCAGGAUCAGUUACCCUUCCUGUCAGAGCAAUGCUUUUGGCCUGUCAGCUGUACAUUACGAAUGCAAUUCUUGCCAUUUUGCUGCAGCGUUUUAAUGGAGCUUUCAGUGGUUUCGGUCACAGUGCUUGAGCACUUGUUUCUGUCAAGUUGUUUAACUGUUUUUGUUCCUAGCUUUGUAUGUUUUAUUUUCUCUUGUUCUUUGUGUCUCGUUCUGCAUAUGCUUCUUCACCUUGCAGUUUGGUUCAGAGUGUCUCCAUAUGCAUGGUCUAAGUAACUAUUGGUGCCAGUGUGCUGUUAUUUUGUUGUUUUCUCUUGGGUGGUGGUGGUGUCAGUUUCUCACCCACUAAUACAGGAGAACUGCUAAGACAUCUAAGUACCGUGCGUAUCUGAGCAGUUGGCUUGAUUCCUCCUGGCUUCCUGAAAACCAACUUCCAGGAAGGCUUGCAACACCAAAUGGAAAAUGUUUGUGGAUCUGGACAUUUCAGAUCGGAGCUGACUCCCGAGAAAAGAACUUAGGGGUGAAGUUUUUUUUACCAUUUGAAAGAUGGAUGAUGAUGAUUUUGGAGGAUUCGAGGCAGCAGAGAGCUAUGAGUAUGGAAAUGGUGAAAAGCAGACUACAUCUCCUGCUAUUUCUUGGGCAGCAUUUCCUACAGUAUCUGAAGUCCGUAUAUCUCAGAAUGUUUCUCCUGAUGUUCUUCUGGAGCACUCUGUGCCUUCAUCCUGCCUGGUUCCUCCUGACUCAUUCACUUUAUCAAAUGAUAAUGUGGCAACAGCUAUUCAAACAGCCAACGUUAUAAACCCAGCUGUACUUAAAGAACAGAAUCAAGUAGAUAUUCAAGUUGCCUCUUUGAAUUUAAAUGAAGACAUAUCCUUAGUCACAUCAGCCAUUGGUACAGAUGAUGAGACAAAGAGAAAAAACGAAUUGAAGAGCUGUCUUCAACAAACUGUAGCAAACCUAGAAACCAAGCUUUGCACUGCUGAAGAAGAAAAAAUAAAAACAAAAAAGGAAUUAGAAUAUUUACUGGAAAAAAACAGUAUUCUAGAAAUGAAUUUCUUGAAGGAAAAAAAAGAAAAGCUACUUAAAUAUCAAGAUCGUUACAAGAUGAUCCAGGAAAAGCAUAAGCAGGAGUUAGAAGAUAUGAGACAAGCUGGACAUGAAGCUUUGAGUAUUAUUGUUGAAGAAUUCAAGGCACUGCUACAAUCUACGGUUCAACAGCAAGAAGCAGCUAUUGAAAAACAGUAUAUACUGGCAAUUGAAAAACAGUCCCACAAAUGUGAAGAACUUCUUAAUGCUCAGCAUCAGAGACUUCUUGACAUUUUGGAAGCAGAGAAGGAAGUCUUAUCAGAAAAGAUAGAAGAAGCUUUGAUGCAACAGUCGCAAAAACAUAAGGAAGUGCUGGACAAAUGUUUGGAUGAAGAAAGAGAAAGAAGUAAGGAAGCUGUGGCAGCUGCUAUGAAGGCUGAAAAAAAAAUAGUGCAGGAGGCUGUUCUGAAAGCAGUAGAGGAGGAAAGGAGAAAUAUGGAGAAGAUUCAUGAAGAAGAAAGAAAAAUGUGGGAAACAGAACGUGACAGACAUAAAGAGAAAAUUGCCCAGGCUGUUCGAGAAGCAAUGCAAGAGCAAAGAAAACAUAAUCAAGAAAUUGUCAAGGAAGCAUUAAUGGAGGAGCAAAAACGAAGUGAAAAGGCAAUCGAAGAAGCUGUGAAAAGGACGAGGGAGGAACUGGUGGAAUAUAUUAAAGAACAGAAAAGGCUUGAUCAAGUUGUUCGUCAGAGGAAUCUGUCUAGUUUGGAACUUUUCCUCUCAUGUGCACAGAAACAGUUAAGCAUUUUAUUAAAUGAAGAUCCCACAGCUACAGAGGAAAAGAGAGACUGACAGUUGCUGUGCCACUGGUACAGUGUGAUUUGUGAAGCUGCAAAUUUUGGUCAAGCAAAUAACAAACGUCUCCUAAUCAUUUGAAUUUGUAUCAUUGGUUCAAGACUGAUCUGAAACUAUACUUGAUAGAAGUAUCUGUGUUUUUUUUUGUUGUUGUUUGUUUGUUUGUUUUUUGACUACUAUUAUCAGAGUGAAAAAAAAUAGGAAGAAAAAAAUCACAUGAAAAAUAUUUUUUAUUUGUGAUUUUAUUUUCAUUGUGGUUUCUAUUAGCCCAUGACUGAAGUUCUAGGUAAUGGCAGCAAUGAUGAAAAAAAUUCCCUGUUAUGCCUGGUUUAAAGGUGGUAUCACGUCUUGAUGUAAUUGAUUAUUAUUUUCAUACUUAAAGAAAUGGAGAAAAACAGUUAAAUAUAGGUACAAGUCCAUCUCUGUUUCUCAAGUAUGUGCCCAAGUGCAUUGCCUCGAGUGAGCCUGAGAAGCUUAUCACUUCUCAUUACUUUAGAUGUGUAAUAGAAGAAUCAAUACUGAAACAUAAGUUUUGACAGUCAUUUCUUCAGACGUUUAUAAACAACUCCAACUCUACUAAUAGAAAAGUUUAAAAACUAAACAGUGCAAUUUGUUAGUGUAGAGCAUUGCUGUAACCAAUGUAUAGUAUGUAUUUUUAUUUCUGUUCUACAAAGCUAGUCUGAUUCCAAAAUUCAUUUUCUCAUGAAAGUAUGAUUAAAGUGACUGACCUCAGUUUCAGGAAGAAGAUGUAUGUAAUUAUGUGGAGACUGAUAUUGCACUGCCUCAGUGGAAUUUCUGACAAUAUAAGGAGUGCAGCAUGCUGACCUCAGAUGCCCUUUUCAAACCCAUUGAAGGAAGUAGAAAUACUGCCCACUGACAUCUGUCUAGUGGGCUUUGGAUCAAGUCAUAGGUCUGUGACUGGGAAAUUCUGUGCCUACACUCUUUUGAUUGUAGAUUUGGAUCCUUAAUUAAAAGAGUUCUGAAUGAAAUAAAGGAAAAUAAAAAUGCUGUUAUAAUACUGAAUAUAAAUAAACAGAGAAUGAUACUUCUAA